AUGGCGUUGGGCACGGCUCAAAUCUUUCAGUACGGCUACGUGGUCGUGAACAGUGAUUCGGACAACUUUUCCGAGUUUAUGGACGGAGUGAGCAGCGCGAUGGCGCAUUCGCUGCUCUACAUCAAGCUCAUUAUCUUGUGGAUCAAUCAACGUCUCGGGGUUCUCACCUCUAACGCGGGUGAUCCCGAGAAAUGGGAGCCGUACAAUCGGGAACUGAUUCUGAAGAUGAAAUUUCCGUUCGAGAUCAGCACGUUUACCAUCUACUGGGCUAUCACACUUGUUCAGUUCGUUCAUUUAGUGUUUAUCGGCUUCGGCAUUGGCUUAGUCAAUACACUUCUUGUCUCUCUGAUAAUCCAUGUCGGUGGUCAAAUCGACAUCCUUCAGGACUGGUUGUCGAAAGCCUUCUCCAGGAACGGGUCGAAAACUUCAGAUGAAAUUACGCCGCAAAUGUUGGUCACGAAACACCAGCAGAUUAUCAUAUUCUCGGAAAAUAUCGAGAAUCUGUAUACAUACAUCGCACUCAUGAUACUGUUAUCGGACACCUUGAUCAUUUGCUGCUUAGGGUUUGUUAUCGCCACCUCGCUCAAUGAACCUAACGCCGCGGCGAUUUUGGUGAAAUCUAUAAUGUUCUACAUCACGAUGAACCUGGACGUAUUCAUAUACUGCUUCGCCGGCGAAUACCUGAGCGCCAAGGGUAGAAUAAUUGGCGACGCAGCCUAUAAUUCUCUGUGGUAUGAUGUUUCGGUGAAGAACAGUCGGAUCGUAACGUUCAUCAUCUUGAGGUCGCAGAAACGGCUGACGAUCACGUGCGGGAGGAUCAUGGACCUCUCUUUGGAACGUUUCACUAGUUCCAUUGGCACACCGGACGGCCCGGCAAUCUUGGUGAGAUCCGUAUUAUUCUAUAUGGUGAUGAAUCUCGAGGCGUUCAUAUAUUGCUUCGCCGGUGAAUACCUGACUGCCAAGAGCAAAACGAUCGGCGAUGCGGCUUAUGAUUCCCUUUGGUACAACCUCACAUCAAAAAAGAGUCGAAUUUUACUGCUCGUGAUUCUACGGUCACAGAAACGUUUGACCAUCACGAUUGGAAAAAUCAUGGAUCUUUCUUUGGAGCGUUUCACCAGCGUCGUGAAGGCAUCUGCAUCGUAUGUUUCCGUGUUAUUGGCGAUGAACUAAAGACCCG